UGGGGCAGAGGGGCGAGCAGGAGGCGGGUUGCACGGGUGUGUGGGGCGCGGAGCGGCGCUGGGACAGCGGGGAGCAGCUGGGCACGGCGGCCGCGGCGGCUGGGAUUUGGGCCGCGGUUCGGCCGGGCCGGCCGAGCUGGACUGGCCAUCAUGGAGGAGGAGCUGCAGCAUUCGCACUGUGUUAAUUGUGUCAGUAGACGAUGUAUGACAAGACCAGAGCCUGGGAUUUCCUGUGACUUGAUUGGUUGUCCAUUGGUUUGUGGAGCAGUUUUCCAUGCAUGUAAGGCUGAUGAGCAUCGACUUUUAUGUCCAUUUGAACGAGUGCCUUGCUUAAAUAGUGACUUUGGAUGUCCAUUUACAAUGGCUCGAAAUAAAGUUGCUGAACAUCUAGAAAUGUGUCCUGCAAGUGUGGUGUGCUGUACCAUGGAAUGGAACCGAUGGCCAGUUAGUUAUGCAGACCGGAAAUCAUAUGAAAAUCUAAGCAGAGAUGUUGAUGAAGUGGCACAAUUAGAUAUGGCCUUGGCCCUUCAAGACCAACGGAUGCUCUUAGAAUCUCUCAAAGUAGCCACCAUGAUGUCAAAAGCAACUGAUAAAGUGUCAGAACCUAGAGAACAGAUCUCAGUUAAACCAAGUGUCUCAGAAAUACCACAUACUAAUGGUUUGGUGUCAGUUGAUGAAGAAUCUUAUGGUGCACUUUAUCAAGCUACUGUUGAAACAACCCGAAGUUUGGCUGCUGCUUUAGAUAUUCUGAAUACUGCUACAAGAGACAUUGGCAUGCUAAGUACGAGUCUUUGUGCUUCCCUAAAUGAAAUGAAUGAAGAGCAAAAAGCCAGAGAAAGCUUACAGAAUAGAAACCAGAAAGACCAGGACCAUCUUUAUGAGGAUGAGAUGGGAGCAGUAGGUGGGAUUGACCAUAAGGACAUGAGUCAGAAUGCCCAGUUGGAACAAAAUGGUUCAAGUGAUUUAUUAUGUGACUUUAAUGCCAGUUCUUAUGGCACUUCUGCUCUUUGUAAUGGCUUUCCUUUGGAAGAUAUAUGUGCACAGGUCAUUGAGCAGAACCAGGAUUUACAUACUGACUCAAAACAAAGUAACUUAACAAAUGGAGAAUGUGUAGCGUCAGGUGGCUCUUCAGAACCUUCUAGUCCACUUUUAGUAGCAGCACAAGUUCGGGAAGUAAUACCACCUAAUGCUUUGCCUAAUGGCACGGUUCAGCAUAUCCUUAUGCCAGAUGAUGAUGAAGACUUGUGUUGGAAAAAAGUAGACUUAGGGGACCUACGGAAUGUGGAUGUCUUAUCUUUCAGUCACCCUCCUUCAUUCAAAUUUCUUUCGAAUUCAUGUUGGUCUAAACCAAAGGAAGAUAAAGCAGUAGAUACAUCAGAUUUGGAAGUUGCGGAAGAUCCAAUGGGUCUCCAAGGAAUAGAUCUAAUCACAGCAGCAUUACUGUUUUGUCUAGGAGAUUCUCCAGGUGGGAGGGGUAUAUCUGAUAGUCGCAUGGCUGAUGUUUAUCAUGUUGACUUUGGGACUCAGACUUUUUCACUUCCAUCUGCCAUUUUAGCUACAAAUACAAUGGUUGGGGAAAUAGCUUCAGCUUCAGCUUGUGAUCAUGCCAACCCACAGCUUUCAAAUCCAAGCCCUUUUCAGACACUGGGGCUGGACUUAGUAUUGGAAUGUGUCGCUAGGUACCAGCCCAAGCAGCGUCCAAUGUUUACAUUUGUUUGUGGACAAUUAUUUAGAAGAAAAGAAUUUUCAUCACAUUUUAAGAACGUGCAUGGUGACAUUCAUGCUGGACUCAACGGCUGGAUGGAACAGAGGUGUCCUCUAGCAUAUUAUGGUUGUACCUAUUCACAGCGUAGAUUUUGUCCAUCAACACAAGGAGCAAAGAUUAUACAUGACCACCAUUUGCGGUCAUUUGGAGUUCAGCCGUCUGUAUCUACAGUGUUAGUAGAGCCUGCUAGAAACUGUGUGCUGGGUUUACAUAGUGACCAUCUAAGUAGUCUUCCUUUUGAAGUCCUGCAACAUAUUGCAGGGUUUCUCGAUGGCUUCAGCUUAUGCCAGCUCUCAUGUGUAUCCAAGUUAAUGAGGGAUGUUUGUGGCAGUCUUCUCCAGUCUCGUGGAAUGGUCAUACUUCAGUGGGGGAAAAAGAAGUAUCCAGAAGGAAAUUCGUCAUGGCAGAUAAAAGAAAAGGUAUGGCGAUUCAGUACUGCAUUUUGUUCUGUCGAUGAAUGGAAGUUUGCUGACAUCCUGAGCAUGGCUGACCACCUGAAGAAGUGCAGUUACAACAUUGUAGAGAAGCGGGAGGAAGCGAUCCCACUGCCGUGUAUGUGCGUGACGCGAGAACUCACUAAAGAAGGACGUUCACUUCGCUCAGUUUUAAAACCUGUACUUUAAAAAGUCAAAUUCCACUUGCACAUACAUGCAAGCUCCUAGUAUAAUUUCUUUGUAAUAUGUGACACCUUAUUAAUGUAUUAAAGAUUACAACUAGCUAAAUUUAUUGUCACUAUGUAUAUAAUGUUUUGAAGUGACAUAUAUUUUUAUAAAGUACUGAUUAGUUGGGAAAAAGUUGCCUUAAUAUUUGAAAUGUGUGAAUUUUUUGGAACUUGCUGGACAGGGUGAUUUAAUUUUUGGCUACAUAAUUUUCAGAAUUAGUAUUUUUAAUGGUGUGCAUAUUUUGGUUCUUACAUUUUUUGCUUCUUAAACUAACAAGAUCCUGACCAAACAAUUUACUCCUCAUUUUCUGUGGGUUACAACCCAUGCAUUCAAAAAGCAAAACUUUGAUUCUGAUUUUUACAUCAUAGGCUCUUCAGAUUAAACAUUCAGUUGCUUAAGCACUGCAUAAAAACAUUAUAAAAUUUUUAUUUUCUAGUGUUCCCGUUACAUAAUUGUUAAUAUGGAAAUGAUCUGUAAUGUAAACAUAAUAUUUAAAUCGUGAAUGAUGUUGAUAAUGCCAUUUAUCGUGUUUUAAAAAUAGUCCACAAAAAUGUCUCCUUUUGUAUUUACACCUCUCAUACAGAGAGUUACCAUUUGCAGCUUUUUUUGAUUAGAUGCCACAUCCAAAGACUCAUGGCAGUAUGUUACGACAGGUUAAAGCAAAAUCAAACCCCAAAAAAGCCUGUGAAUUUAAUUUGAAAUUUUAUAUAUUUGCUAGGAAUUUGAUAUUUGGAGAGAAGAAAAUAUAGUCGACCCUUCAUAUCUGGAUAUCCAUGGAUUCAAUCAAAGGAUGGAAAAUAUUUGGAAAAAAAAAAUUCCAUGAAAUUCCAAAAAACACAACUUGAAUUUGC